GAGAAGAUGGCUGGCAUGGGGUCGUUGUGUGCCCCGGGGGCUGCUGUAGGGGUCGUGCUUGUGUUAUGCCUGGGGGGUAUCCUCUCCAUCCCCUCCGGACCAAGACGCGGGAGGGGGGAGGCUGGAUCUACAGAUGUUGAUCCCGAGCAAUACCUGGCCAAGUACGGUUACCUUGAGGUCGACCAACUUCAACACACCAGGAACCUCAGACAUACCUGGAAACACGCCAUCAGGUCGUUCCAGAGGUUCAACCAUUUGAAGGUCAACGGAAGACUCAGCAGACAAGCCGUGAACAUCAUGAAGCAGCCUCGCUGUGGUGUACCGGAUAUAGAUACUACCUUAGGCUCGCCCAAUAGAAAACAUCGACACAAGCGGGCCCUGCUCACAGGCUUCAAGAAAGCGGUGAACUCUGUUUAUGGAUUGAAAUGGCGGUCGAACCAGCUGAGGUGGAAGAUGAGCCGCUACACUGGUCGCCUGACAGCUGAGCAGCAGUGGGCAACACUGAAGCGUGUGUUUGGCAUCUGGGCGUCGCAGGCGAACCUUACAGUAGUGCACACCAGCAGUGAUGCCGACAUAGAGGUUGUCUUCGGACGGGGUAGUCACGGGGACGGCAAUCAGUACGCUUUCGAUGGCUCUGGUCCACAGUUAGCUCACGCAUUUGGUCCUGGCGACGCUGCUGUGGCCGGCGACAUCCACUUCGACGACGAUGAGAGAUGGACGCUUGACGACAACGACACCACCAGCAAGGAUUUGUUUGUGGUGGCGCUACACGAGGCGGGGCACGCGCUGGGGAUGCCGCACUCACGUGACCGGAAAGCUGUCAUGUACGCACAUUACAAGGGUUAUGACCCGUCCCUGAGUUUAUCCUAUGAUGACGUCAGGAAACUCCAGACGUUUUACGGUGCACGGCCUGUCCCAGCCCCAUCAGUAUCAACGUCAACAGCUGCAGCAGUAGCACCUACGUCAACGCCUGAACCAACCACGUGCAACAUGCCAUUCGAUGACGUCAUUUAUGGGCCAGGGAAACAGGGAUAUGUGCUCAGCGGCCGUCACGUGUACAGCCUGAAGGGGCGGGGCGAGGAAGGGGCGGCCUUGGACCGAGGACCCUAUCGUCUCCGACGGGUAUUGAAGGGGUCACCGAUACAUAUCUCCGCGGCGGUGUAUGUGGCGGAAAAGAAGAGGUUGUAUAUAUUCAAAGGUUACAGGGUGUGGCGCUACACCAGGUUCCGUCUGGACAGGGGGUACCCGACACGCCCAUCCCCCUACCCCCCGGAGAGACCGGUCGCUGCCCUAGGCGAGCGGGACUACAGGGGAAAGACUAAGAUUUACGUCUUUGGCAAGCGCUACGUGUGGGUGUACGAUCAAGAUAGAGACAGUAGAGUGGGGUCGUACCUCUGGAUCAGGACGUUCUGGCGAGGUCUCCCAUCCCCCAUCGACGCCGCGGUACAGUGGGGGGACGGCAGCGUCUACUUCUUCAGGAACAACAAAUACUACCGACUGUCAAAGUACUAUCGGGCGAUUAUGGCGGGCUACCCUAAGGUCAAGGAUGUGGCCUGGUUGAGUUCAACAUGUUGGAAGAAGUGAUAUCGAUGUUACGUCAGUACACAGGGAAUAGACACCUGCAGACCACGUGUUAUAACAGACAUUUUGGACUGGCUAGAUUAUUGUACGUCAUAACUCCCUGACCAUCGGGAAGCUCUUAUAACUUAUAGGUGAUAGGUGUCUCGGCAGACAAACACAACAGAUAAAACGGUAUCCGUUGGGGUAAUUUCCGGCGAUCGAGUCACUGGGCAUCUAGACAAAUUACUUUCACAAGUGAAGGCGACAUGGCGGAGACGCUAGCGGAAUGGGUUUUCAUAUCUGUGCUUGUAGACCUGUGCGGGGGAGGGGUGCUUUGGCCUGCCCCGAAUAUUCUUGUAUUUAUUUCAAACCUUUGCAAGAAAAAGGAAAUUACCUGCCACACAAAUUGCAUUGUUGC